GUAAUACAUCUAGAGUAUUACAUGAUGCAUUCAAUCGCAAACUGGACACGCACGGUGUGGCGAGGGACCUGUUGUUCACGGCGGCUCAGCUGUGCGCGGUCGUACUGCCAUCCGGUCGCGAGGUCGCGGGGCUGGACAAAAUGCGGUCAACAUGCGGCAUUUCCUUACUUCUACGCUAUCUCAGCUUCUCAAAGCAUGCACUGCUAGCUCGUGACAUCUAAACGCACAUAGCGAGCGAAAAGACUGCACCGAUUGCUCGGCGCACUUCUGUUGCUUGUCGCUCCUUCUUUCCUUUGCUCAAACGUGUGCUUCUAUGCUCUCGUUUCUGGCUGGAUGCGUCUUCAAGGCGCUGACGGGCGGAGACUUGAGGGAGGACUUGAGCUGCAUGCUCAAUGCUCUGCCUGAGGCCCUCGGCGUGCCUCGCCUGUGCAAGGCUACUGCUAGCGACAUCCGCUCGCCAUGCUGCCCUUGCAAUGGACAGAAGGUCGUUCGGCGUCCACUUUGGGACCCGCGCGCCACGUUGGCUGCCGCUAGCCCCGACCCCGUCCUCGAGGGCAACAAGUCACCCAUCAGCGUGACGGCGUCGGCCGAGCCCGUCGCUGAGGCGCCCGGGAGCUCGGCCACCAUCGAGGAGUCUCCCACGCCGCCCGUGUCAAGCUCGGGCGACGACUGCACGACCGAUGGCAGCGCCGUCCCCUCCGCCUCCCCCUCCAACCCCACCUCCGCCUCCACCUCCAAGGCCCUCGUGCCCGCCGGCCCCGUCGUUGCCCCUGCUCCCUCCGCCUCCUGCCCGGCGAGCGAGGACGCGCCCGCGGCCACCUGCUGCGGCGAGGUCCAGGUAGAGUCCUCGAGUGGCGGCGAUGAGAACGACGACGUCAGCAGCUACAUGCAGGGGGAGGUGCGGCUGGUGGUGACGUUCGAGGACGGCUCCUUCCGUCGCUUCUCCAAGAGCGUCGUGGAGGAUUUCCGCAAGCUGCCGCUGGACGCGUUCGAGGAGCGUCACGGCCUCCAGUGCUGGCGGUCCGAGGGCAAGAUCGGCCGCGGCGGCUACGGCCUCGUGCACGUGGGGCUGUUGCAGCGGCCCGACGGCACCACACGGCCCGUUGCUGCCAAGCUGUUCCUGGGCGGACUCACCAAGGCCAAGGAGCAGCUGAACAGGGAGGUCGGCGCGGCGAUGAAGCUGAAGCAGGCCUGCGCCACCGCCUCUUCCUCCUCCUCUUCCUCCUCCUCUUCUUCCUCCUCGCAUGAGCAGCCGUUGCCGCUGCUGGCGGCGGCUGAGCAGAGCCCGUUUGUGCAGCUGCUGUGCCACGGCGGCCGACCCGGGCAGCUGCCCAUGAUGGUGAUGGAGCUGGCGAAGGGCUGCGUGGCUUGCGAACUGGAGGAUGCCACUGAAAAGCGCGACGAGAUCUGGGCUCAGAUGGAGGCCACACAGCAGCAGGCAGAUGCAGCCGCCGCUGCCAACACCGACGUCGCCAGCAUGUCUGAUAACCUCACCAGGGCGCGGCCGGCGGCGCCGCCGGGCUCUGGCGUCCUGCCGGCCCCUCGCCCGCCGCCGCCGCCGCCCGGCUUUGAGCCCCUGCUGGCGGCCAGCCCUCGCCCGUGCCCGCCGCUGCCGGGCUUUCACGCACUGCCGGCGGCCCCUCGCCCCCCGCUGCCACCGCCUGGCUUCGCACCACUACUGGCCUCGCCGCCCGUGCCUGCGUCGGCGCCGGCCUCGGCUGCUACUUCUGCUGCUGAAGACCCGCUGCUGCCGUCUGUGCAUGUGGCCCGUGCUCCGCCGGGCUUCCCAGUGCCUGGCACUGCCAGUGCUCCCCGCUGCCGCGACGUGUGGGAGGACGUGGCGCUGCUGCCGCUGAAGCAGGUGCUGGCCAUCCUGGUGUUUCUGGCGGCCGCGAUCAAGGCCAUGCACCGCGUGGGACUCGUGCACAACGAUGUCAAGCCUGCCAACAUGCUCCACCGCGCCGACGACACCUACUGCCUGGCUGACUUUGGUCUGGCUGAGCAGCUGAGCCCCGCCGACCCCACUGGCACCUUCUGCUUCGAGAUCGCCUGCGGCACCCGCCACUACAUGGCACCCGAGGUGCAGAGCAACGUGCCACUGAUGGCCGCCGUUGACGUGUACUCAUUCGGCAUCACGGCCCUGUGCGUGGCUGUGACCGGCAGCAACAGCGCCGCGGCGGAGUGGUUUGCGCAGCAGAGCUGGUGGCCGGCCGGCGACGCGCCGGCUGCUGCCCGUGCCUUCCCGGCCGGCAUCUUCCCGUCAUAUCUGCCCCUGUCGCUGGAGCUGCUGCUGCUCGACUGCGUGGCUUGGGAUCCGCAGGAGCGGCCCACUGCGGAGCAGGUGGUGCAGCGGCUGGCCGCGAUCUGGGAGGAGGUCGUUGUGUGCGGCUACUGAUGACGCUACUUGCUACGUGCUGCUAGCGGUGCUUGGUAUUGAUGGCUUGCGUUGUCGCGCCCAAGGGCGCCCAUAGGCUGUCGGGCAGGGCUGUUGAGAGGUUCGAGAGAUGGCAAACCUGAGAUGGUUUCAUUGGCAGGGCCGCAGCGUAUGCUGCCAAGGAGAGUAGGGCUUGCUCGCUAGCUCGCUUACUAGCUAUCGUGCCGUGCCAAGCAGGCGUGCGGCCGGCAUCAGUGUGUGCGUUUGCUUGUGUGCUUGCGGGCCGAGACAGCCCCAGGAGUGCCGCAGCUAGCUCCGAGUGCGCGUCAGGGGCAGGACUGCAACAUGACCUACCGCUUAGGAUGGAGCAAGCGGCCUAGGGCGUGGAAGUUCUUUCAUAGGGCGUACAAACUAAUUCAUUAUACAUGCGCUGCAGAUAUUCAUACUGCUACUGCGAGGGGAGGCACUCUGCGUGCCCGUGAGCGUGCGUGUCAUCACUAGACGUGGUUUGGGUCGAACGCUGUCUGCCUAGCAUUGCUCUUUGGCAACUCGUGCAUUGGCUUCUCUUUCGGGUGUUUUAGGACAUUUAGGACUCUGUACAUGGAUUAAUCUGUAUCUUUUAGACGCUGCGGCUUUAGGCUUUAGUCUGCUAGUGUUGAAUACGGGCGCUGGGCGGUUGACAGACCGGCAUGCAGGUGAACACAACACAAACUGACUAGGCGGGCAAAUGCCCGACGCGGCGUCGCUGAACCAAGCGUCUUUGGCUCGUUGGCUACCGUUUUACUAUUAGAUUGCUUUGACCUGCUUGUGUCAGCCGAUAUUGUCUUGUGUAAAGCGCUGGCUGCAUUGAUUCAUGCAGCUUGGCCAGGUGUACGGUAAUGAGGACUAGCUGCUAGGCGGUGUGACCGUGGGUGUGACGGCGGGUAGCGAACGGCUUCGUAGCUGCAUCGGCUGACGGUGCGGCGGGGGCUGGAGCGUGUGCACGGCUAGUUAGGCCUCGUGACUAGGACGAGUAGGGAUGGGCACAGGACUGGCACACGGGAUGAAGGGGCACGGCCUGUGCAUUGCAGGUCAUCACCCCUGGGUAAGGACACUGGAUGAGAGGAUGAGACGGGGCAGGGCUGGAGCCCAGUGAAGCAUACGCACGGAUUGACACCAAAAGAUGACUUCUUUCCUAAUCAAGGCCGGUGGGGCCAUAGCUUCAUGCAUCGGCGUGCGUGCAUGCACUUGUAACAACUAUGGGCA